AUGUCAAGCACCCUGAAGAAGGCUGUCAAGGAGAUCUUCGAGGAGAUCUCGAAGACCAAGUCAAACUUGAAACGGGUGUUGACCAUGUCCGAGAGUGGCGCGGGCCAACGUGUCUUUCCACCAAGGACUUCGAAGAACGACGAGAAGUUUGGCCUUCGCUUGGACAAGGGAGAACCGGUCCAGGGCAAACCAGGAUUCAUACGAUUGAAUUUGCAGGCAAAUUCGAACGCGAAGAACAACACCAUCCGGGAGAUGGCACAAAAGGAUUCUCAUCGUGUGCUAGCGUCUAUCGACAUCGAUACAAAGCAAGAGGCGAACAAAGAAAACGCGUCGAAGCUCAGAGAUCAGUUGAUCGGCAAAUUGUAG